AUGGUGGAGAUGCGGCAGCGGAGGAAACCGCUGGUGCUCGCCUCCACGCAGGCGCUCCUCGACUCGCUCCCGGGGGACCGCCCGCCGCCGCCGCCGCAGGAGCCGGUGCGCCUUAGGGCCGGCGUCCUCCGCUUCCCCUCCGGCGCCGGCGCCGGCGCCGAGUUCGGGGAACUCUCGUCCUUCGUCUCCCUCCCUGCCACCGCGCUCCGACGGCUCGCGGUCGUCACCGGCACGCCGAACAUACUGAGCAAGUGGUCUCUGCCUCUCCUGAUCAUGCAAUGGGCUUCUUACCUUGUCUGUUCUCAAGCUGAAGAGAUUGAUGCAACUGCCAGUGCUGGAAGUGAUCUUUCUCUUCACUUGGACCUUCUUCCAUGCCCUCAAGUGCCUAAAUAUGUGUUGCAUUUACGGGUUUCUGUUGUGAGGAUUCCUGAUUGUGGUGUGCUUGCUUCUUUAAAGAUAAAUUCAUCCUUUGGAGGAAGUGACUACCAAGACAUGGUAGAUCAAGCUUUGAACGAGUACUUUAAGUUUGAUAGGUUCCUAGCAAGAGGAGAUGUUUUUUGUAUACAAAACAGUUGGAACUGUGGCUCAAGCUGCUGCCUGGCAUGCAAUAAGCAGGAUAAUAAACUGCAUCCCCGUAAUAUGAUCUACUUUAAGGUGACUGGCAUAGAACCAUCAGAUGAACCUAUACUUCGUGUUAAUUGCAAUGAAACAGCCCUUGUGCUUGGUGGAGCUGCUUCUGCCGCAAUCCCCCUUUAUUCCUUCUUUGCUGCUUCUGGUAAUUCAGUACCUUUGCACGGUGAAAUAGUGGAGCAUUUAGCAUCUAUCAUUGCGCCAGCAUUGUGCCCUUUGGAUAUUUUACCAAAAAUCAAGUUUUCCACUUUUUUAUAUGGCCCGUCAGUUUUCCACUGUCAAUCUCAGGCUAGAUCUGCACGCCCAUGUGUCAUUUUCUUUGAUGAGCUUGAUUCCCUUGCUCCUGCACGAGGAUCAUCAGCAGAUUCUGGCGGUGUUAUGGACAGGGUUGUUUCCCAGUUACUUGUGGAGAUCGAUGGGUCGAGUGAUAACAGCCAGGACCUUUUCAUUAUUGGGGCUACCAAUAGGCCUGACCUUCUUGAUUCCACUCUUCUUCGCCCUGGUCGGUUUGACAAGCUUCUUUAUGUCGGUGUAAAUACUGAUGCAUCAUACAGGGAAAGGAUCCUUAAAGCACAGACGCGCAAGUAUAAGCUCCACAAGAAUGUCUCUCUUUUGUCAGUUGCUCAGCAUUGUCCACCAAACUUUACUGGUGCUGAUAUUUAUGCAUUGUGUGCAGAUGCAUGGUUUCACGCAGCGAAGAGAUCAGUUAAAACAUUUGAAAUCGAUCCUUCAAGAAGUAAUGAUGCCAGUGCCGAAGAAGUCAUUGUCGAGAUCGAUGACUUUAUUACAGUGUUAGGAGAUAUCCCACCAUCACUAUCUCUGGAGCUACAAAACUACGAACAGUUGAGGCAGAAGAUUGAAGGACCUUCUAGAUGA